UCAGAUUUCUUUAACAAUUGAGCAUUAACUACAGAGGUUUUAAGCUCGAAAUCCCGGCGAAUUCGUCUGACUGCUAAACCAGCAAAUUUCUUAAACCCUAAUCCUCACCACCCGCUACGUUUUAAGACCAUUUUCCAUUCUCAGACUCAGUGAUCCAUGGCUCUAGCUCGGUUGCAGGGAAUUCAUCGCGUCAAUCGAGCUUUCCAUUCUGUUUCGGUUUCUCCAUUCUAUGGAAGUUAUUGGGGCCGUCUUAAUGCGACAAGUGAAGGAAUCACUCGCUCAACUAAUAUAGCUUGCUUUUACUCAGUUGAUAACAUGCUUGGUCAAAAUGGCUCUGAAUUCACAAUCCAAUUAGGUGGAACGAGGUGGAUGUCAAUGAUGAAGGUUCCCCGUGGAGCACAACAGACAUCACUAAAGGUGACCAUGCUUAGUCCCGGUUUUGUUUAUGAGCCAUAUGAACCCCGAAAACCAAUUCCUUUCUGGAAAAGGUGGUUCACACCAAGUGGUUGGAGGAGAACUAAGGAAGAUCUUAUUUUGGAGAUGAAAACUGCAUAUGCCAUUGCAACGCUCAGGAAGAAAAAGGGGUAUUCAAAAAAGCUGUUUUACCAAAAUGCAGUGACAUUAUAUAAGGAGAUAAAUACGGUUUUGGCAAACGGGGAUAUCACAUCAUUAAGGAAAACAGUGACGGAAAAGAUGUACUCUGCUCUCAAGAAUGAACUUAAACGGAGAGAAUCAAUGUGGAAUCGUGUUCACUGGGAACUGGUUGAGCCUCUAGUCAGAAUUCGAACAUUGAGAGCUAGAAUGAUUGCACUAGAUAAAAAUGAUCUUGACAAAGCUUUCAUUCAACUUACAGUCGAAUUUCUUGCUAAACAGAGGUUUGAAGCUUAUGAUUCAAAAGGCUCUGUUGUGGCUGGUGACAAGAAUAAGGAGGUUCUUGUGCGCGAUGUCUGGGUUUUCGAACGCUCCCUCUUUCAUCCUGGAGCAGAUUGGCGUCUCUGCGCACGCCUCUCCCCAUAGUUUGCUAGACUCUUGGCAUUACGGUUCCAAGGGAGGACAUUUGAAGCAGAAAUCAUCCUGAUAAGUGCCAACCGGUAAUCUUAUUUAGAUUAUGACUUCGUUUGGGAUGACUUUCUUACUGCUUCUUAAAGUAAUUUUUUGAUACAAAAAUUAAUUUUUUUUCUACUAAAAAGCUGCUUUAAGAAACAGAAAGAAAGCCGUCCCAAAGGAAGCCUAUGCCUUACCAUUGCAAAGUCAUAUUAUGCGUCUUGGCACAUUUGCUGUUCAGUUUAGUUUCUUCUCAUCUAGGAAGAUUAUAAUCUUGUAAAGUUGUAAUAUGUGCAUAAUCUGCCGAGAAUCUCACCUCCUGCUUUUCUCAAUUUAAUAAAGCCUGCCUGGUUCUACAAA